AUGAAGUCUACUUUCCUUAUCCUCGCGCUGGUCGCAGCCGUCCAAGCCGCCCCCCUGAUCGCCCCCGCUGCCAACCAGAAAGUCAUCCCCAACUCGUACAUCAUCGUCCUCAACGAGGACAUGCGCGCCUUCUCCCCCAACGGUUCUGAAGCCACCGCCACUGCCUUCAAGGCCAAAUUCGACGCCCUUGCCAAGAACCAUAACGGUCGUAACGGUGGACCCGUCCCCACCAUCCACCGUGAGUUCUCGUCUACUAUCUCUGGAUUCCACGCCACCCUCGAUGCCACGACCCUCAAGGCUAUCCAGGCUGACCCCGAUGUCGCCUACAUCGAACAAGAUGCUGUUGUUAACGCGUAUGGUGUCCAGCCCAACCCUCCUGCCACCUGGGGUCUCGUCCGGAUCUCGCAGCAUGUCCGUGACCUCACCCAGCCCUAUUACUACAACGACCUCGCUGGCCAGGGUGUCACCGCCUACAUCAUCGACACUGGCAUCUUGACCACCCACACCGAUUUCGGAGGCCGCGCGGUCAUGGGCGCAAACUUUGUCGCGGGCUCGCCCAACACCGACGAUAACGGUCAUGGUACCCACUUGGCCGGUGUCAUCGGAGGUACCAUCUAUGGAGUCGCCAAGAAGGUCAAGCUGGUCGGUGUCAAGGUCUUGGACGCUCAGGGUUCUGGCACGACCUCCGGUGUUAUUGCUGGUAUGGACUAUGUCGCUACCAACGCUAUUGCUGGCAAGACCGUCGUAAACAUGUCCCUUGGCGGUGGCACCUCUACAGCCAUCAACGCCGCCGCCCAACGUCUGUACGCCAAGAACGCCCCCCUGUUCGCUGCUGCCGGCGCAUCUGCCUCUAAUGCCUGCACGGGCUCCCCCGGCGGUGCACCCAACGUCUACACGGUCGCUUCCACUGAUUCCAACGACAAUAUCGCCUCUUUCUCCUCGGUUGGCCCUUGUGUCGAGAUCUUUGCCCCUGGUGUGAACAUCAAGUCGACGUGGAUCGGAUCUAACACUGCGACCAACACCGUCUCUGGCACGUCCAUUUCGACUGCUUUCGUUACCGGUGCUGCUGCUCUGUUCGCCGCCCAGGGUGGAUUGAACACUGCCCAGGCCGUGUACAACGCCUUGUCGACCCACUGCACUACCGGUGUUAUUACUGGUAACCUGGGAGGUGCCGCCGACUGCUUGGUCUACAACGGUGGCCCCUAA